AUGUUUGUUGAUAAUGUACAAUAUGUAUCUUUACAGCCUGGUAGUCCAAGUCCGCCUCCUUCAACGAUUCAACCGGCAGCCAGUGCUUCUCCUGUUGCCAGACCUCCUUUUGCAGCCAGACCUCCUUUUGCAGCCAGACCUCCUUCAACCAGUCCGUCUCCUGCAGCCAGACCUCCUUUUGCAGCCAGACCUCCUUUUGCAGCCAGACCUCCUUCUGCAGUCAGACCUCCUUCAACCAGUCCGUCUCCUGCAGCCAGACCUCCUUCUGCAGUCAGACCUCCUUCAACCAGUCCGUCUCCUGCAGCCAGACCUCCUUCAACCAGUCCGUCUCCUGCAGCCAGACCUCCUUAUGCAGCCAGACCUCCUUCUGCAGCCAGACCUCCUUCAACCAGUCCGUCUCCUGAAGCCAGAUCUCCUUCAACCAGUCCGUCCCCUGAAGCUAGACCUCCUUCUGCAGCUAGUCCGACUCUUACAUCCUUGGAGGAGCAUGUUGCCCCGUCUAUGCCCGGACCUGCUCCUGCAUCCGAGCCAGAUCAAUUUUGGCUGCCCACUAAAAUGAGGCAGACAAUCCCCUCACAGGAUCAGAGGUGGAUUGCUUCUGCGAUCUUUCACUCUGGCAGACUUCGGACAGACUUGAAGCUCUGGUAUGAGCCACCCGUCCCUUCCCUCAUCUACCACCAGGCUCCAUCUCCAGAUCGCUUUUUUAAUCACAGGCUUCUGGUAUGGAUGCCCUACCACUUGUGGAAGUUCAGACUGUUCUGUCCUGCAUGUGGGAAGCAACUGACUGGCUAUGGCCUCCACAAGAGAGCACGGAAGGUCCUGGACAUCGACAGGUACUACCUUAUGGUAACAGAGACUCUCAGGUGUACUGUGUGUUGCCUGAAUUACCUGUCUACCAGUCAGACUGUCCUGGACCAGCUCGACGUGCCCCAUAGAAGACUGUUCCGUCUGAUUUUGACACAGAAGUAUGCUUGUGACAUUCGUGUCAUACGCAUGCUGAGGGAACGGACGCUGGGCAACAGUCCCACAAGACUUGUCAAACAGCUGAGGGAGAACCAUGGGGAGGAGUGGCUUGACCGCUUGGCGCACUAUAUGGAGGAGUGUGCUGGAUUUAUCAACCGCCCCAGCCUCUUACCUGUCAUGUGCCAAAAGCCUCCAGAGCCCAUUGAUGUCCCUACUAGCAAGUGGCUGCUGUCAGUUUAUGGGAGGGACAUUAUCAGUCGCAUAGACCACAUCAAGGCAAGCAUAACCUCCACGUUUGGGACCAUUUUGAAAAUGGACUCAACAAAACAGAUCACAAAGAAGUUGGCAGGCACAGCCAGGGGAACAGCACAGUGGGUGACUUCUGUUGGCAAUGAGACAGGACAAAUUCUUAUUAGUGUCUUGACUGCUCAGGAAGGUCCAGCACUGGACACCAUGGUCUCCGGACUGAUAAACAGGUACAGCCAGGCGGCCGUGGCUCCACCACUGCUGCUGUACGUGGACUGUGGCUGCUGCAUAGAGAAGGGGCAGAGCAAGCUACAGGCCAGAUUUGGAGGAUGGCCUGACCUCAAUAUCAGGCUGGACAUCUGGCACUUCAUGCGUCGACUGGCAGUGGGGUGCACCACUGAUGCUCAUCCUCUCUACCCAGUCUUCAUGUCACGUCUCUCUGCGUGCAUUUUUGAAUGGGACCCAGAUGAUGUGGCUUUGUUGCGGCGGGCAAAGAGAGAGCAACUGCAGGAGGAAGGUGUGCCUGUCAUCACAGAUACCCUUGUGGACCGACGCAUCACCAAAAAAGAGCUGGCGCUCUAUUGCCGUCGGAGGACUCGUGGGGUGGAGUCCACAACCCGCUACCUUGACAGGCUUCUGCAGGAACUGAAGGGGGAUAAGGGGAGAGAUAUGAUGGGGGUUCCUUUGCUGGACACAGUGAGGAUAGAGCACAUCUGGCGUGUUCAGAUGAGGCAUGUUAAGUGCAUCCAGGAUCCACCAGGUGUGUUUCUCUACACUGUGACGGGCACCACCACCACCAAGGGAGAAUUAGUUCUCACAAAGUACAGAUGUGCUAGGGGCUCGACCUCCCUUGAGUCUUUCCACUGCCACUUAAACAGGUUCAUUCCAGGAACCAGUGCUAACACACUGAAUUUUCAGUUGUAUCUCCUGGAAGGCCUGAACAGGUGGAACCAAGACCGGGCAGUAGCAUCAAUUUCCACAAAAUCCUCCCCUCUUCUCACCUACGCAGGGCAGGUGGUGCAAAGCAUCAACACCAACAGUCUAAAUGUUUUUGGAGAGAAGCUUGUGCCCACCUUCCAACCUCCUGCACAGUACACCGGGGAGCUAAUUGGAGUGGACUAUUUACUUAGUCAGACAGGGCAGCCACUUCAGUCAAUGGAUGCUGACAAUGAGCAGACAGACCAGCUGCUGGAGGAAGUAAAUGUAGAUGAGCAGGAUGAAGGGUUUGAGGAGGACAUCAAUGAGGACCCUACACUGAGUUUCCUCGAAGAUGAAGCUAACUAUAACCCACCUACAAUUCAGCCUGUUCAUCCCUCAUCCCAGUCUGCUGCUGCCUCAUCCCAGUCUGCUGCUCCUUCAUCUCAGACUGCUGCUGCCUCAUCCCUGUCUGCUGCUCCUUCAUCCCAGUCUGCUGCUGCCUCAUCCCAGUCUGCCUUCUCCCAGUCUGCUGCUCCUUCAUCCCUGUUUGCUGCUGCCUCAUCCCAGUCUGCCUUCUCCCAGUCUGCUGCUCCCUCAUCCCUGUUUGCUGCUGCCUCAUCCCAGUCUGCCUUCUCCCAGUCUGCUGCUCCUUCAUCCCAGUCUGCUGCUUCCUCAUCACUGUCGGCUGCUGCCUCAUCCCAGUCUGCCUUCUCCCAGUCUGCUGCUCCCUCAUCCCUGUUUGAUGCUGCCUCAUCCCAGUCUGCCUUCUCCCAGUCUGCUGCUCCUUCAUCCCAGUCUGCUGCUGCCUCAUCACUGUCGGCUGCUGCCUCAUCCCAGUCUGCCUUCUCCCAGUCUGCUGCUCCCUCAUCCCUGUCGGCUGCUGCCUCAUCCCAGUAUGCCUUCUCCCAGUCUGCUGCUCCCUCAUCCCUGUCGGCUGCUGCCUCAUCCCAGUAUGCCUUCUCCCAGUCUGCUGCUCCCUCAUCCCUGUCGGCUGCUGCCUCAUCCCAGUAUGCCUUCUCCCAGUCUGCUGCUCCCUCAUCCCUGUCGGCUGCUGCCUCAUCCCAGUAUGCCUUCUCCCAGUCUGCUGCUCCCUCAUCCCUGUCGGCUGCUGCCUCAUCCCAGUAUGCCUUCUCCCAGCCAGCUGCUGCCGUCUUCUCCUCUCAGCCAACUACAUCCAUAGUCCAGUAUGCACCAGGUUCCCCCACUCAGGUGCCUGAAGAGCUUUUGGUAUGUAAAUUUCACAAUAGGAACUUGCCACGAGCAAAUUAA